AUGGAUGAUGAGGCGCAACUACAACUCGUGGAAGCUGAUCACCGCAUGACCACUCGCGAGGUGGCCGCCGUCCUCGGGUUGGAUCUCGUCGUUUUCACCCUCGGGAGUCCGUCUCCUUGUGAGGAAUACGAGGAUCGGGUCUCGAUUCAUAAUGGGGUCGGGAUCCCGAUUAAUAUAUGGGCGGAGAUCUCACACCGGAGAGGAAGUCAUUCAUCCUCCAGAGAUGAUAGAGGACUCCAAUACGCGGGGACGUUUUACGCGUCCUCAAGGAAAAUUUCACUCCUCUUGAAGAUGCAGGAAUAUUUUACCCUUCUAUCCCUUUUCAUCAUUCAUCAUUCUGUUCCUGGAACAAACGGGCAAACUCCUUGUCCCGAUCCUAACGAAAUCCUUCCCUGCACUUGCUCCCAUGACGCAAGCCUCGGCACCGUGAUUGUGGACUGUUCGGGGGCGAUCUCGAGUGACGACAUCUACACCGCCUUCAACGACGCUACCUGGCCCUUCCCGAAACUCACAGGUUUUCGGAUGGUAAACAACGAGGGAGUCCGAGUCCUGCCUGCUGGAGCUUUCGGCGAUAUCACGUUCGAAGAAAUUUACAUCCACCAUACCUCCUUGGGCAGCAUCCACACCGAGGCCUUGCUGCCUUCGAAGGAUCGACUGGGGACGUUGGAAGUCAGCGACAGCCUCCUGGAGGAUUUCCCUUGGGAGAGCCUCCCGGAGCUUACCGGUCUCAAGAAUCUCUACCUCCAUGGAAAUUCUUUCACCAGUUUGCCGCCGCUUGUAAGUGCAAGUCUCGAGGACUUCCGCAUCUUCACAAACGAAAUAGCCCAGCUUGAGGUUGGAUGGUCUCUUCCAAAUCUGACGAUUCUCGAUUUGGGUUUUAAUCUCAUCUCGGAGUUCCCGGCUGGAUUCCUUAACGACUCGGAGAACUUUCAACAAUUUUUUUGCUACUACUGUUCCUUCGGACCAACAUUGUCGGCCAAUUCUUUGGAAUUCCACAGUGCAACCAUACAGUUUAUUGAAUUAGAGGGCAAUUCCAUCUCAACUCUUGAGGCGGAUGCAAUCACAGGUUUCCAGUCAGACACAGUAAUAAAUUUCGAUUUCAAUGACAUACGGGAAUUGACGGAGGAAUCCUUCCGCCCCAUGCUGGAGGUGCUAUCACAGGGAGAUGGACACAUCUUUUUGAUAGGUAACCCCGUCGUGUGUGAUUGCAGUAUGGCCUGGGUGGUGCUGAAUCCCGACUUCCUGGUAGAUGUGCAGGGUCACUGCACCGACGGAACUGAUUUUCAAGACCUGGAUCCGAGCAUUUUUCAAGACUUUUGCAUUAGGAGAGAUCCUCCUACGGCCGGAGAGUAUUCCACUUGGAUCAAUUCCGGAAUUCCAACAAUAAAUGGACCUUGAGUCCCUGAAAUCCAGAA